AUGAAUGUUAACCCAUACCAUGGGAAGCAUGAACCUAAAGUGGAUGAUAAAUUGGCUAAUCUUCAUAAAGAAAUGACGUCAUUACGAUUAGAAUGUGAUCGUCUUAUCAAUAAACAUCUUAUUGUUGAAAGUAACUUGAAUCAGGAUAUCAAGAAUGCUGGAGUACAAAAUCCAGACACAUCCAGUGCUUAUAAUACGGGUGGAGAGAGCUGCCGCAGCAACUCAAUUACUCCGGAUUCUCAAAAAAGACUGGAGUACGGCACUCCUGAUUGUCAACAAAGUCCUAUAGGUCCACCACCACCACCAACAACAAUAAUCAAUCCACGAUCGCCAAGGCUUAUUCAUCGAUCUCACAACCUCUCAUGUUCAAAAGAUCUUCCAGUCUAUCAAGAAGAGCCUCGGGUCGUUGACCUCAAGAGUUCUUGUGAAAUUGCCAUAAAUCGAAGCGGCUUUGAUUUGACAACUCCGGGUUAUUGCGAAAAGCCAUUACCGACUCCAAAGCCUUUGCGUCGUGGAAUUCAGAUGACAUCAACCACAAGUUUUAGACGAAUGGGCAGUCCAACAAAAUCAAUUCAGAAUCGUAAAGAAGCUCAUGAAUUAGCAAGACGCUUUAGAGUUCCAGCCUUCUCAAUUGUUUUACGAGAGCCGUCCGUGACGGUCAAUCAACCGAAAUCUUCAAAGAAGCUAAAAGUACUCAGUCAUGUAAAUAAUAAUGAAGAAGAAGAAGCUAUUCCAAUGCCAAAGUCUUAUCGUGUUCAGAAGACGCGAGAGAAGCUGUAUAUGUUUGAUCGGCCGAUUGAAGAAAUUCCAGAUCUUAGUGAUGAUGGCCAACAGCCGACAACUUCAAAAGAAGCUUCUUGUCAACAGGAGAAGUUGAAAGAUGAACCUGUACAAUUUAAGUGGAAAGUCAAAAGACGAUGUGAUGGCAGUCGUUAUGUAGUUAAAAGGCCCAUCCGAAGCCAAAUUCUUAAGAAACGUGAAGCUCAACUGCUUAGAGAAAGGACGGGAAUCAGUACUGAUGACGAUGCUCAAAGCGAACUCAUGAUGGGGCAUUUCUAUCGGAGAGAAGAGAGAAAACGUCAUCUGGAAAAGGAACGUCUUCGAAAAGAACUUCAACAGCAGAAGCUUUUAGAGAAUGUUGUUGCUGACCAAACAAUCGUGCAGUUAAGUCAGCAAAAAAUGCAAAAAAAGAAGGAUAACAUGUUAUUUGAUGAAUUUGUUACAACUCAAGAAGUUUUGAGUCAGCGAAAUACGUGUACUGUUGGUAAACCGGGAAUUCUGUCGGUGACAACUGUUUAG